CUUAUGGUUAAUUUACGCGAAAAUUGUUCCUGCUUCCUGCCUUCUGCUUUAAAAUCCUCAUUUAUAUGUUUUAGUGCAAAAUGAAGACUGUGUCAUUAAUGGAUAUAUCUCCAUUUCUGAUUUUCCUGUUUGCUUACGGUUGCUCAGCUUCGUGCAGUGUUGGUUGUCUUAAUGGCCAAUGUGACAAAACAACGCAAUAUUGUUCAUGUAGAGAUGGAAACUAUGAUUUGAAAUGCUCAUCUCGGUGCGGUGCUGGUUGUCUCAAUGAUCAAUGUAACAAAACAACGGGAUUUUGUACAUGUAGAGGUGGUUACUAUGGUCCAAGAUGCUCAUCUAAGUGCAGUGUAGGCUGUCUCAAUGACCAAUGUGACGAAAACGGAUAUUGUACGUGUAGGGAUGGCUACUACAAUUACAUGUGCUCGUCUAAGUGCAGUGUAGGCUGUCUCAAUGACCAAUGUGACAAAUACGGUUCUUGUACAUGCAGAGAAGGCUACUAUUAUUCGAGCUGCUAUAAGUGCGGUGCUGGAUGUCUCAAUGGACAAUGUAACCUACACACAGGUUAUUGUAUAUGCAUAGAUGGCUACUACAAUACGAGAUGCUCAUCUAAGUGCGGUGAUGGAUGUCUUAAUAAUCAAUGUGACCAAUCAACGGGAGUUUGUACAUGCAAAGAUGGCUACUAUGGUACGUCCUGCUCAUCUAAGUGCAGUGUUGGUUGUCUCAAUGAUGAGUGUGACAAAACAACGGGAUAUUGUACAUGUAGAGAUGGCUUCUAUAAUACAAUAUGCUCAUCAUCUUGUUUUCCUGGAUGCAAAGCAUGUAGUAACUCUAAAUACAAUUGCAGUACGUGCACACCUGGUUAUUGGAGUACACCGAAGAUGCCGUGUAGGCACACUUGCAAUUCUAAUUGUGCGUCGUGUAUUACGGAAAAUAAUUGCACAGAGUGUAAAGCUGGAUUCUAUGGACCUGACUGUCGACAUAAGUGUAGUUUAGGGUGUUUAAACAAAGCUUGCGAUCAAAUAUCCGGGCUAUGUCACUGCGUAUCUGGAUAUUCAGGUGCAUUGUGCAAGGAAAGAUGCCCUAGUUCUUGCAACGUCUGCAUCACACCUGAAAAUUGCACACAAUGUGUAUCUGGGUUCUAUGGUAAGACGUGUAAAACACCAUGCAGUUUAGGAUGCACAAGUUCGGAGUGCGAUAUAAUAACCGGUCGAUGCGAUAGUUGCAGGGAAGGUUUCUUCGGCGAAAAUUGUGAACCAGAAUAUACGGAAAGUGUUUCGCCGACGUUGACCAUAGUUUCAACUGUAUCAAAUGUGAUUGCGGUUUUGGUCGUCUUGAUGAUUGGAGCAGUUGUCCUCUUACAGAUUAGGAGAUCGAAAAUGCAGACAAAUAUAGAAGACCCGAACGUUCCAAUGAGGGCACGAGACCAUGGCGAUUUGGAGACUGCAACACAGCAAAUGGAGUUAUAUGAAGAUUUGCGACACGAUGAUGGAAAUGGGGAAAAUAAUCGCCACUAUGCCAACAUAAACAACAUAAACAACCCGACAUACCAAGGAUAAACAGGACCGGACAAAAUAAAACACAUGUUUUUGUUCAUACGUGUGUAAGAAGACAUUGUACAGACAUAAAUAAUUAUACUUUAUUGACAUAAAUUGCCACACUGUUAUAUCGGCAAAUAAGUAUAUUUUUUAUAGUUAAGCUUCUUAUUGGUUAUCAAUGGAAUGUUUAAAUAUAACAUCAAUAUGUUCGACAAAUCAAGGAAACGUAGAACAUGAGUAAUUGGAGUCUAAGCAUAACAUCAAGCCAUUCAGAGAGACAUCCGUGCUUGUUCUUUAUGUUGAAGGUAAACAUAAGUUAAUUGCUUUUCUUAUGUUAUUAAUCUGAAUGCACAUUCAUUCAUAUACAACACUCUUUAACAGAGGUGGGUAAGGACUUGAUAACAAAUUUGUAUUGAUUUUAUUCAGUGUUUCAUUAACAUAUCUUUGAUAAGUUUACUACAAUGUAACGCCAACAUGCUCUUGCCAUCAAGUGCCAUAAAGUCUGAGUUUUAAAUGGACACACUCUGGAAGUACCCCCCCCCCCCCCCCCCCCCCAGAAACACAGAUAUAUGUAGCAAGUAAGAUAGUAAUUGUUCAUUGAAAAAAACAAAAAUUGCAACACUUCCAAUGUCCCUGGCACCGUUUAAGAGAUAUGAUGUACAGUUAGUUUUGCUAUCCUCCACUUACAACAGUGAGCAGUGAUCAGGGCACAAGGUAGUUAUGUUUGAAUGCUAAAAUUGGCGAACAGAUAUCUAUGAUAUAUUUUAUAACAUCCUUUGUAUCCAUUUUAUUGACUAAGUGUACGAAUCAAAUGAAAACAAAACAUUGUGUUCUUAUAUAAAUAUGUAUAAAUUUAUUGAUAUCUUAAUGUCUUAGGCUCUCCUACUAACACACUUCCUGAACUCGUUUUAAUACAUGUGUGUAUUAUAUUUUCGUUACUGAUCCUGUAACCAUACGUUUUUGAUAUUGCAACUUCAACACGCAUUUGAUCGCCUCUUUACUGUAAAUAUUUUAAGCAGAAAGUGUUGGAUGUAGGUUCCUGCAAAACGUACCGCUAUUUUUCCAAUGGUAUAAACCUUUCUAGACAUACUAGCGUUAACAGCAACGAUAUUUGCGAGCGGAAUCUUGGAGUGUUUCUAUUUUGCUAGAUAUAAAAAUGAUUAUAUUUCAGACGAACGUUACUAAAGAAAUGUUAAUAGACAGGAUGUAGAUGUACAGCAUAUUGUAAACAUAUUAACCAAUUAACAAUGAUUCUAUAUGAAAAUACACUGAUACGAUUGUAUGAUAAAAAUAAUUAUUUUAACGAAAAAGGUGUUUUCCAUGAUAUAUUUCUUUUCACUGAUAUAUUACUUUCUAAAUUAAAUCAUUGUUUAAACCAACGCAUUAAUUUACCAGAUAUGUUUCGGGAUACAAUCAAACACUGCAAUAAGCAGCUUGAAAGAAUAUUAUUUACAAUCAACUCAAGUGAAAAGUAUAUUUAAGUAAAUAUAAGAUUCCGUUCCAAAUACAUUUUAGUAUGUUGUACAACGGUUAAAAGGAUUCAAUGAUUAUGUCAAAUGUUUUUCGAUAAAAUCAUAUCUAAUCUUAGAUACAUUUCAUAAGACGAAAAUAAAAUAUAAAGCGAAUUUUCAUAUUGAUAUAGUUACUUGUUGAUAAUAAUAUAUUAAAAUCAAUACAAAUAUCAUAUUUGUAAAGUUCCAUGCAAAUUUAAACGAUUGCAAUAGAUGAUUUGCGGUUUUGAACCUUGCGUUAUUCCAACCGCUUAUCACUUUAAACUAAGUUCCGUUCCAUCGAAUUUAACCCAAUACUUAGGGAAAUCGCUCUAGUGACAUGAAACAUUUUUAAAAUAAGUUAUACUCCUGAUGUUUGUUUAUUUUUAAAUUCUCCAUGUUUUAAACAUACGUAAGUAAGGGUAACGAAUAACAGGGCAAAAUGCAGAUGAUUAUUAAAUCAAUCAAAGAUGGCUUUAGGUCGGCUGACAUUUCUCAAGGUAUUAUGAUUAAGUCUGCUUUUCCCAUGUUUUGAAGAGAUUUUCGAAUCAUGAAACUCUUGUUAAACAGGGGAAGUAACGUGGUAUUGUCACACUUCAUAUAGCCACACAUCCAUCUCAAUUGCAAACAAGGCAAAAACAAAUACAGGUUUAUGAAAAAUCAUGAGGGGUUAAUGGCACUAGUACUAAACCACUGGACAUACAGUUGUUUUAUUUUUUUAAAUGUAUAAUGGGUGCCGCCUCUCCCCUUUUUACCAAAAGGACCCUGGCCAAGAGGUCAUUUUUGUCAGGUUGCAUUCAAACUCAGCAAUAAAGACCACUUAACAAUCACUUUCUAAGCGUAUGUACAUCUUAACCAGAUUAUCAUGCCAUUUAAAGCCAAAAACAUUGUUUUCCAAGAACCAAAAAACACUAUUUUCAAUUAAGCUUUCCUAAAUUAAAUGUAUAAUUCCCUAUCGAUGUCAUCAAAUCAACAAGUGUACUAUAAAAACACCAUUAAACUCACGAUGCCUGUAACAAGAGCUGUCGUAGGACGCUCGACUACGACUGUCUUUGAAAUGAGUACGCUAAUGAUGUAAUAUGUGCCAGUCAAAAGCCAUAAAAUAGUCAAAUUAAAAAGUAAACAAGUAACGCUGAGAUGUGACACAACCAGGAUUUCAAUGAAUUACAAAACUACUUUAUUGUGAGAUUCAGUUUCAACUGAUUUUUUUUCUAUUUUUAGUAACAGUAACCUUGACCUUGGCCAUAAGGGCCCAAACGCAAUCCAAUGGAAGUCCUCAAUAAAUUCUUUAUACAUAUCAAGUUUGGUCACAGCAUGUCAACCCUAACUUAAGGUAUUCAGUACAAAACGGUUACUAUUUUUAGUAAUUAUAACCUUGACCCGGGGGGCCAUAAACGCCAUCCCAUGAAAUAUCUUCUUUGUCUCUUCCUUAUACCAUGUUUGGUCACAAUAUGUCAACCUUUACUCAAGUUACUCAUAGCUAACAACUUUCUGUUUUAGCAACAGUGACCUUGACCUUGAUCAUUGUUUCAACCAUAACACAAUCCCAUGAAAGGCCACAAAACUCUUCAUAGAUACCAACUAUGGUCACAAUAAGUUAACCUAAUUUACGUUUUUUAAUACCAACCAUUUUUUCUAUUUAUAGUAACAGUGACCGUGACUUUGAUCAUAGGGGACCAAAUGCAGUCCCAUGAAAGGUCUCCAUAAACUCUUCAUAUAUACAAAAUUUGAUCACUGUUUGUCAAACAUAAAUAAAAAUAUUUGAUACCAUUGACUUGUUUGACGCCGCUUUCCCGCCGGCCCUCCCGAACAACGACGCAAGUCAUUCUAAUAACUAGUUUGCUCUUGUGAAAACCUGAUUAAAGAAAAUAAAAUUGUGCUUUUCAAAAUAAAUUAAAAAAAGAAACGCUGUAAUGCAGCAUUACCAGACUUUAAUUGACUGACAGAAGAACUUCAGCUUUCAUUGUGAGGUUCAGUUUCAACCAUUUUUUAUUUCUAGCAUCGGUGACCUUGAUCUUGACCAAAAUGGCCUUCAACGCAAUCCCAUGAAAUAUAUCAUAAACAAUCUUCCUAAAUAUAAAGUUUGUUCAAGAUAUGUCAACUCUGACUAAAAUUAAUCAGUAUCAAUUGUUUUCUUAUAUUUAGUAACAGUAAACGUGACCGUACUUUCUUAGUAACAGUGACCUUGAUGUUGACCCCAGGGACCCUAAACGCAACCCCAUGAAAGGUCUCCACAUUUUUUUAAUACCAAGUUAAGAUAAGAUAAUGCAACCCUGACUAAUGUUCUUCGGGUGCAAGUAGUUUUUCUACUAUAGUAGCAGUGAUCAUGACAUUGACCCUAGGGACACCAAAUGCAACACAAUAAAAGGUAUUCAUAAAUUGUUCCUACUUACCAACUUUAGUCAAGAUAUAUAAACCCAAACUUAAGUUAUUCAGUACUAACCAUAUUUCUAUUUUAAGCAACAGUGGCCUUGUCUUUGACCCAAGGGAUCAAACCGCAAUCUAUCGAAAGGUCUUCAUAAAAAUCUUCAUAAAUAUUAUUUUAAUUCAAGAUAUGUCAACCCUAACUAAAGGUAUUUAGUUUCAAGAGUGUUUCUAUUUAUAGUAACAGUGAGCUAUUUCUUAACCCCAGGGUCCCUUAACGCAAUUCCAUGAAAAGUAUUCAUAAACUAUUCCAAAAUAGCAAAUUUAAUCAAGAUAUGUCAACCCUUUCUAAAGUUAAUCAGUUUUCACUGUUUCCUUUCUUAGUAACAGUGACCUUGACUUUGACCCCAGGGGCCCAAAAUGCAAUCCUAUGAAAGGUCUUGAUAAACUCUUCCUAGAUA